AUGGCUGGAGCCGAAGUUGUUGCAAUCGUUGUUGAUUCGGUUGGAGUUGGUGGAGUGGUUGAAGUCGAAGUUGCUGCAAUCAUGGUUGAUUUUGUGGUUGGAGUUGGCGUAGAGGCUGAAGCCGCAGUUGUUGCUAUCGUUGUUGAUUCUGUGUUUGGAGUUGGCGUAGAGGUUGAAGCCGCAGUUGUUGCUAUCGUUGUUGAUUCGGUGGUUGGAAUUCGCGUAGAGGUUGAAGCCGCAGUUGUUGCUAUCGUUGUUGAUUCGGUGGUUGGAAUUGGCGUAGAGGUUGAAGCCGUAGUUGUUGCUAUCGUUGUUGAUUCUGUGGUUGGAGUUUGUGUAGUGAGUGAAGCCGCAGUUGUUGCUACCGUUGUUGAUUCCGUGGUUGGAGUUGGUGGAGUGGUUGAAGCCGCAGCUGUUGCUAUCGUUGUUGAUUCUGUGGUUGGAAUUGGCGUAGAGAUUGAAGCCGCAGUUGUUGCUACCGUUGCUGAUUCAGUGGUUGGAGUUGGUGUAGUGGUUGAAGCUGCAGUUGUUGCAGUUGUAGUUGAAGUUGUAGUAAUAUCAGAAUCUUAUAAUAAACCACCUAAAUAUGUCGACUUCACAAUAGUAAUAUCAGAAUCUUAUAAUAAACAACCCAAAUAUGUCUACUUUACAGUAGUAAUAUCAGAGUCUUAUAAUAAACCACCCAAAUAUGUCGAAUUCACAAUAGUAAUAUCAGAAUCUUAUCAUAAACAACUCAAAUAUGACAACUUCACAAUAGUAAUAUCAGAAUCUUAUAAUAAACCACCCAAAUAUGUCGACUUCACAAUAGUAAUAUCAGUAUCUUAUAAUAAACAACUCAAAUAUGUCGACUUCGCAAUAGUAAUAUCAGAAUCUUAUAAUAAACAACCCAAAUAUGUCGACUUCACAAUAGUAAUAUCAGAAUCUUAUAAUAAACAACUCAAAUAUAUCGACUUCACAAUAGUAAUAUCAGAAUCUUAUCAUAAACAACUCAAAUAUGUCUACUUUACAGUAGUCAUAUCAGAAUCUUAUAAUAAACCACCUAAAUAUGUCGACUUCACAGUAGUAAUAUCAGAAUCUUAUAAUAAACAACCUAAAUAUGUCGACUUCACAAUAGUAAUUCCAGAAUCUUAUAAUAAACAACUCAAAUAUAUCGACUUCACAGUAGUAAUAUCAGAAUCUUAUCAUAAACAACUCAAAUAUGUCUACUUUACAGUAGUAAUAUCAGAAUCUUAUAAUAAACCACCUAAAUAUGUCGACUUCACAGUAGUAAUAUCAGAAUCUUAUAAUAAACAACCUAAAUAUGUCGACUUCACAAUAGUAAUACCAGAAUCUUAUAAUAAACAACUCAAAUAUGUCUACUUUACAAUAGUAAUACCAGUAUCUUAUAAUGAACCACCUAAAUAUGUCGACUUCACAGUAGUAAUAUCAGAAUCUUAUAAUAAACAACUCAAAUAUAUCGACUUCACAGUAGUAAUAUCAGAAUCUUAUCAUAAACAACUCAAAUAUGUCUACUUUACAGUAGUAAUAUCAGAAUCUUAUAAUAAACCACCUAAAUAUGUCGACUUCACAGUAGUAAUACCAGAAUCUUAUAAUAAACAACUCAAAUAUGUCUACUUUACAAUAGUAAUACCAGUAUCUUAUAAUGAACCACCUAAAUAUGUCGACUUCACAGUAGUAAUAUCAGAAUCUUAUAAUAAACAACCAAAUAUGUCGACUUCACAAUAG